ACGGCAGACACCACCUCUGCGUCCCUCUCUCAGGGCCAGACACUGCCCGAUGGAAUUAAUGACCUAUUCGUAGGUGGACGGGGAAAAGCUUCCACACUCGCUGCUGAGCCCUUUGUGCCCUCCCGUGGAGACCCGGCCUGGAACGCAGGGUGUGACAGACACAUGGCUGUCCACAACCGUUUAGACGUCAUAGAGGAGACGGUGGAGAAGACAGUGGAGCACCUGGAGGCAGAAGUGAAAGGCUUGCUGGCUCAGCUGGAGGAACUGGCCUGGAACCUUCCCCCCGGGCCCUGGGUCCCCGCCCCCGACCUCCUCGGAGACGAUCGCUUUGGAGCCCCGGAGCCUGAGCUGCCCAGCACCUGGAAGUGACCCACCUGUGGGACAGCUCUCCUCCGAGGACACAGCUGUGCCUCCGGGCCUGCCUUCCUCAGCUUGGUGCAAAAUAAAAGCUGCUCCCCUGGCC